AUGAGUGUCAGUAAUCUCCCAUCCAGGUCCUCUGUGUACCAACCAAGCAUGUUUAACUACGAGCGUCCAAAACAUUUUAUCCAGUCUCAGAAUACGUGUCAAGGGAAACUGCAGCCUCCGGGACCCAAGACAUCUGCAUUUUCAAGCAGUCAGACCAAACAGUCAUCAAUUCUAAUCCAGCCUCGUAACUCUAGCGAGCAGAAGUUUUCUUCAUCUUCAUCGCUGAGCUCCCCAAUCUUUCUCUCCUCGUCUUCCCAUAGCUCCCAUAAGGAAUCUGCAUUUCCCAUCACACCUGCAUCUGCACCGUCUCCUGCUGCCUCCUCAUCUGGACAAAGGCUUUCAUCCAUGCAUAACCAGUCCCCUGCAGCAUUCCUCUGCUCAGUGUUGCCCUCGCAGUCUGAUUAUAAUAGCCAAGCUCCUUCUACUGUGGAAUCUAAUAGUUACUCAAAGCCAAUGUAUACCAAACAAGCUAGCACCAAGCCAACAUACAAGACUUCAGAUCGAGAGAUACAAGGAACAAAAGAAGCCCUCAUUCAAGACCUGGAAAGGAAACUGCGAGGCAAAGACAACCUUCUUCAUAAUGGCAACCAGCGGCUAACCUAUGAAGAGAGAAUGGCUCGCAGGCUGCUUGGACCAGAAAAUGCUGCUUCUGUGCUUGUAACUCAAAAUGAAGAAAAUUUGCAGAACUCACAGCAGCAGAAUUCAGAAAACACAAGACUACAGGUUCCUACGCCACAAAUCAGGAGCAGACCAUCCUCAAGAGGAGAGUGGAAGGAGCAUGGCUCAAUCCAGGAGAAGUUUUUUCAACCACGUUUUGUCCAAGUGCCUGAAGACAAAAUGACUGUUGAAGAGGGACGAUUUUGCAGGAUUGACUUCAAAGUCAGUGGGCUACCAGCUCCAGAUCUGGUAUGGUAUUUAAAUGGAAGGUUGGUCCACCCAGAUGACUUUCAUAAAAUGAUAGUGUCUGAAAAGGGCUUUUACUCACUCAUUUUUGAAGUGGUCAGAGGCUCUGAUGCAGGGACAUAUGAAUGUGUAGCCUCCAAUCGUGCUGGAGAAGCCUCCUUUACAGUACAACUGGAUGUAACUGCAAAGGAACAGCAGAAAGCUCCAAGUUUUAUCUUCAAACCACAAAGCAAAAGAGUUUAUGAAGGGGAUUCAGCCAGACUGGAAUGUCAGAUUUCUGCUAUCCCUACACCACGGAUUUACUGGAAAAGAAACAAUGAAAUGCUACAAUAUAAUACGGACCGAAUAAGUUUGUUCUAUGAUAAUCCUGGAAAGAUUUGCCUCCUAAUCCACAACGUAAAUAAGAAAGAUGCCGGUUGGUACACAGUAUCUGCAGUCAACGAGGCAGGAGUGGCCACAUGCCACUGCAGACUGGAUGUUGCAACUCACACAUACAAGCCAAUUCCAACCCCCAAGCAGUUGAAGGUUCGACCGACUUUUAGCAAAUACCUGGCAUUCAAUAGUAAAGGACUGGAUGUGAAACCAGCUUUCUCACCAGAAGGAGAGUUUGAACGGCUGGCUGCUCAGUCUGGACUGUAUGAAAGUGAUGAACUUUAA